ACAAGAUCUUAGAUCGAACGGUGAGGAAUCCUCCAAGGAUUUGCGAAUUGGUGUUUUCUUGAUUCUCGAUGAUUUCGAAAGAUCACAAUCAUCAUCAUCAUCAGGAUCCUUUGGGUACAACCAAAUCGUACCACAUGAAAACCUCCGCCGUAUCGCCACCGCCGUCGUCGACAUCAACAAUUGCGUUGUCGCAAUCGGCGUGGCUGGAGGUUCGUUUGUUCUACGUCCGUAUCGCUCCUUGCGUCGUUGAGAACGUCCCUGACUUUCUUACCCUCCGUCACCCUCGUCGCGAAACCGGUGCUUCUCUUGAGGUUAACGGCUUUCGCGUUCCUUCCUCUCAGACGGCGUCGCUUAAACUCCGCCGUGACAGAGUCGACCGGGAAUCGUCGGAGGUGACUUACGUUAGCACUGAGACCGUUCGCGUUACCGGAUGCGUUGAUUUCGAGGUUUAUGAUAACGACGAUAUGGUCUUGUGUGGGAACCUAGAUAGAAUCGAAGGUGCUUGGAACAAUGGAACUGUGAGUGAUCCCAAGACUGGAUGGGGCAUGGAUUGUUACAUUGCUAUGGGAAACGGACACGUGUCGGGUCCUUCUUCUUCUGCGUUUUUCCAGCCAAAGUUUGGAGUUUCGUCUCCAUCCGUGGAGGUUUAUAUAGCUGGUUGUUGUGGCGGUGUUCCGGUGAUAUUGACCAAGACGAUUCAGGCGAGUCCCAGGAGGAAGGUGGCUAGGCACGUGACACUUGAUGCUAUCCCUGAGGAUGAGGAAGUUGGCAAAGAGCAAGACAUUGGUACCAUUGGUGAUGAAUUGGCCCGGCAAAGCAAAGUACAGAUGAUGGAAUCAGAAGUUGAUGACUACGAUGACUCUGAGAUGAAAAUGGCACAGAGAUAUUACCCUGAAGGGAUGUACGUUGAUGAGGAUGGUCAGCUCUCAUGGUUCAAUGCAGGUGUCAGAGUCGGAGUUGGGAUAGGCCUUGGGAUGUGUCUUGGUGUAGGCAUUGGAGUUGGAUUACUCAUGCGUUCGUAUCAAGCAACAACUAGUAACCUUCGUAGGAGGUUUCUCUGAUGAUCAUCACCUACCAUAAACUAAAAACCCACUGAUACAUGUCGAGAUCUAAGAAUGUUGGCGACAUAGUGGGUUAUAAAAGAAUAGAAUUUUG